UCCCGUGUCAGAUGAGGGGGCUCCUUCUCAGCUACGGACCAUUACAAAACAAGGUCCCCCCCCACGCACAAUCCCACGCCUUUUUCUCUUCCGUGGCCGGACUGCUUGGCAGCAGUAACUCGCUGUGUGGGAGACACCUGUGCCGCUAGCAUCAUCCGUCCGUGGCGCGAGCACGGAGGCGGUGCCGAGCGCGCUCCCGAAGCGAGCCAGAGUGAACCAGUGCAGCGAGAGAAGCCUCGGAAGGUAGACAUACCGCUCCACUUCCUUCGUGUUUUAUGUAUUUUUCUUCUUGGACGUCUACCUCAGGGAUCAGCGUUCUAACCGGAUGUGGGUGCAGUGCCAUGCCGACGACAUGUUCGGGGGCCAAGAGGAGCUGCUGGCUUAGACCAGCAGAGGACACCCGCAGCAGGCAGCGUGUGGUGGCAGAACAACAGCAUCAUGGAGGCUGGCUGCGUGGUUGCCGCGGUGAUCGAGAAUGCUGCCUCAGGACCCCAGGGGGAACCAGGAUGUAGUCACGUCCUUGAGGGAGACGUGGCACCAUUCAGUCAGAUGAACAAAGACAAUGUCUUACCUCAAGCUACCAACAGCAGUCCUGCAGAUGAGAGGCAACCACAGGACAUGCGGGUCAGGAGCGAUGACGUCAUAGAACGCCCGGCCGAGCCCCUGCUGCGGUCCUGCACCAGCACGGCGAGCAUGAAGGUCAAGAACAUGAAGAAAUUGACGUUCCCCAGAGGUCACUUCCCCCGCCUCGAAGACUGUGCCCAUUUCCACUAUGAAACUGUUGACUUUGGGAACGUUGAGCUGGCCUUUGCAGAGGGGCAGAGUGAAGGACCAAAGGCGGGCCAGGAGUCCAAAGAACUGCUCUUUCUCGUCCAGAUCACCUGCCAGGCUCGAAACUGGCUGGUGAAGAGAUCCUACGAGGACUUCCGCGUGCUGGACAAACAUCUGCACUUGUGCAUCUAUGACCGCCGCUACUCACAACUCACUGAGCUGCCAAAAUACGACCCAGUGAAGGACACAGCUGAGUCAGUAACCAAGAUGUUGGCCACCUACUUGUCCCGCUUCUCAGCCAUCGCUGACAACAAGAUCAACUGUGGUCCAGUUUUAACAUGGAUGGAGGUUGACAACAAGGGCAACCAUCUUCUGGUGUCCGAGGAGGCGUCCAUCAAUGUCCCUGCAAUCGCCGCCGCCCACGUCACUAAACGCUACACAGCUCAGGCCACCGACGAGUUGACUUUUGAGGUGGGAGACAUUGUGUCUGUCAUCGAUAUGCCGCCCAAAGAGGACACCGGCUGGUGGAGAGGGAAACAUGGCUUUCAGGUUGGUUUCUUCCCAUGUGACUGUGUCGAACUGAUAAACGACAAGAUCCCCCCCAGUGUUCAAAGCUCAGUGCCCAAACCAGUGUGUAAGAAGCACGGCAAGCUGGUUACCUUCCUGAGGUCCUUCAUGAAGUCCCGACCGCCACCGCAGAAGCUACGCCAGCGUGGCAUCCUCAGGGAGCGAGUGUUCGGCUGCGACCUGGGCGAACACCUCCACAACGCAGAACACGAAGUCCCUCAAGUCGUUCAGAGCUGUGCUGAGUUCAUCGAAAAGCGUGGAGUUGUGGACGGAAUCUACAGGCUAUCUGGGAUCUCGUCCAACAUCCAGAAACUCAGACACGAGUUCGACUCGGAACAGAUUCCCGACCUAAGCCGAGAUGUCUUUAGACAGGACAUCCAUUCUGUGGGCUCCCUUUGUAAGCUGUACUUCCGAGAGCUCCCCAACCCUCUGCUCACCUACCAACUGUACGACAAAUUCUCAGAGGCUGUGUCUGCAGCUACAGAUGAAGAUAGGCUGGCUAAAAUUCACAAUGUCAUCCAGCAGCUGCCGCCUCCACAUUAUAGGACGCUGGAGUACCUCAUGAGACAUCUCUCCCGUCUGGCCACAUUUAGCUCAGUCACUAACAUGCACACAAAAAAUCUGGCCAUCGUCUGGGCACCAAAUCUGCUCAGGUCCAAACAAAUCGAGUCAGCGUGUUUCAGCGGCACGGCGGCCUUCAUGGAGGUGCGCAUCCAGUCUGUCGUCGUGGAAUUCAUACUCAACAACACAGAGGCACUCUUCAGCUCCAAACUCAACGCCAUCAUACGGGAAAGCACCGGUAACAGCACCUUAUCUAGACCCAAGUCUCUCCUGGUGUGCUCCCCGUCCACAAAGUUACUGUCUCUGGAGGAGGCCCAAGCACGCAGUCAGGCACAAUUGAGCUCCCCUGCCACCACCCCCUGCCUCACCCACAGUGACUACAUAGAGGUGGGGGAGGGACCCGGAGCGCUGCUGGGCAAGUUCCAUACGGUCAUUGAGCUCCCUAUGGAGAGUGCCAAACGGGCUCCUUCCAAGGCCAAGAAGUCUCCUGUGGGGAACUGGCUUUCCUUCUUCCACUUGGGCAAGUCAAACUCAGUGUCCAAGCGUAAGCUGAAGCGACAUCCCAGUGAGCCCAACGAGAUCAAGAGCAUCGCACUGCCAGGUCGGGUCAGCGCCUCCAAUGCCAUCUGGAUGCCACUGUUGUUUAUUGACAGAUACCAUCAUUGUUUCUUUGGUCUAGGUGGGAGAGGUGACAGCGGCACAUUGCGCUCUGCUAAAAGUGAAGAAUCUCUCACCUCCUUGCACACCCUGGAAGGAGAACCUCCAAAGUACCAGCACCUCGGCCCUUGUUCCACUAGUGAGGCUGUUUCUGCAUCGAAUAGAGAAGACUUGGGCAGGAGUCAAAGAAAACUUUUCUUCAGUCAGAAUGGUGCAGACGGUAUCCACACUUCGGUUUCACCUCCAAACCAGGAGGAUGACAUUGACCUUUAUCCACCGGCUGCUGGCAUCUCCACCCUGGACUUUGACCCCAUGUCCUUCAAGUUCAGCUUGGUCUCUGCGACUCCUAAGCCUCAACGCAACAAGGAAGGGCAGAAAUUGAGGAAGAGCGCCGGGUGUUCUAGUGAAUCAGAUCCCGUCACCUCUCCGAACAACAACAGCCCUCUCUCUCCAGAGUUUAGCCCCACUCUUACAAAAGUAGGGACGUCCGAUGGGGCUAUGGUGGAUGGGAAGGAUUCCCGAGCGCCCUACCGACAUUGCAGUGCAGCGAGCCAAGCGUCAGUGCUAACAGAGUCUACACAGAACCUGCCUGAUCCAGGAGCAGAUAGACUUAUGAGUUCAGUGUCUAUUCUCCCUCCUCACCCUUCCCCGACGAGUGCUGCACGCAAGUUGGCUUUGGCUCUGGCUGAGUCGGCCCAGAAGGCCAGCCGCGGCUCCCAGAGACAAAGAAGUCACCGGGCUCACCCUCUCCAACGACAGGAAGCUCAAGACCGACCCCCUCGGCCCUCUGCCCUAGAGCUCAACGUCUUCACGCAGAGAUGGAUACCGGAGGAGAACUCAAUUCCGGUCCAAUUCCUGCCCGCGCAUGUCUACUCACAGCCGCUGCAGUUUGUUGAAGGACAGGAUAGCUCAUGUAACUUCACUCCUAAUGUUAGCCCACUCGGGUCAGGGAGCCUGGACGAGGGCAGUGCAGAAAGGAGGGGCUCUAGACCGGAUGACGUCACACCAGAAGAACCCACCUACCACAGUGUUGGCGUCUCAACGCCUACUGAGCCUGUCUGCUCUGUCCACAGCCCCCUAACCUCUCCCAUAUAUGCCAACGCGGACACCAUCGAUGUCUUCAAUUUCCGCGCUGUUCUCGCCGAAACCUCCAUGCCCGCCUCUAUCGAUGAAGUCCUUCCACGUUCGUUCCAGUCACCGUCAGCCCUUCGUCACAGCUACAGAGCCCUCGGCCGGCUUGAUGACGUCUAUCGCAACCCACACCAUCAGCAUCCGCAGCAUGUUCAACCUGGAAGAAUACUUCAGUACCCUCGACCUGCUGCUUUGCCCAGUCACCUCUCGGGACCCAGACACAUGUACAGGCAGUCGUCGGAGAACCGCUCCAGCUCUUCAGGCUUAGGACACCCCCUGUCACCUCAGUACAGACGCUACCACCAAGGUGAGCACCUUACUGGUGCCAGACAGCGACAACAAAGCCCCUGGCAGAGGUCAGAUGACGGACUCGUCCUGCACCCUGCCAUCAGGAGGGCUCGCUCUUUCCACACCCCGCAGAUUAGUCGCUAUGAGUUAGCCGCCACUGGCCUCCUGCCCCCUGACACCAUGUUUUAUUCUGAGCAGGAGGCGCUCUAUCAGAGGCUGCUUCAGUUUGACGACGUGCAGGUCCUCCAUAAUAACCCCAUCUCGGACCUGAGUCCCUGUGAUGACUCGCGUUAUCCUUUAGAUCCCUUCCAACGCAACAGUCAGCCUUACAGAAUGCGUUCCAUGAAGGGAAGGGCGUCGUCCGAAUACUACCACUACUCUCCACGCCAUGGCCACCCUCAAGACAAGGGGGUGUAUAUGGAGUCAGAAAGAUUUGCUUAUCAGAAGCAGGAGAAUCAAAGUGGGCACAAAAACAUGUGCUCACCGCAAUCUCCCUACCACAGUCCCGUCUCUCCGGCUGACUCAAUGGGAAGGGAGAUAAAGCACAUCAGGAGUACGUCAGAUCCUGGAAAUGGGAUACUCUCUGCAGACAGAAGGGAAGCAGCUGCAAAAUCGACAUCGCAAGGGUCCCACCUGACGGAGCAUGAAAUCACCCGACAGUGGGCGAAACCAGGCCCGGCCCGCCGCGGCAUCAAAGACAGCACCCUGCAGCAGGCGCCGCUUCGCAAAAUCCCCUCGCUUCCUGAGAAGAGCCGCGCUAACCUCACAGAGUGGGGCGACAGGACCCAAAUGCGAGGCCACAAGCCGGAUUGGUUAGAGAUGACCGGCGGCGGCUACAGAGCAUCGAUGAGAGGUGACAACAUACUCCGGAGGCCCGGGCGCUCGCAGAGCAUCAAAGAAAGUUGCCACCAUUAUGCCAAAUCGCCGCCAGAUGCUGAACACGCUGGAUCCUUUUCCACUCAGCUCAAUAGAAGGACUCAGAGCACUAAAGUCAGGCCCACACAAUAUGACCACAUGUUGGGGGGGUAUUACGCCGCUCCCAGGCCUAAACCCGCAAGAGCCAGUAAAGCCGGGCCAGGAUAUUCGCCAGGCCAGGACGGCGCAGCUUCCCACGGACACAAACUGCUGUCCAAGCCUCUGGCUCAGGAAGCUUUUUAUCACUCUGCAGUCAGAACACAAGCUGGAGUCCAUGAGUGACGACUUUUGUUUUUUCUUUUUUUUUUAUGUGAAUCCACACUGGGGCCAAAGGAGAAGAGCACUUUAUCCUCUGCCAGACCAUCAGACUGUUUCACUCAAAGUCUUUAUCGUAACCUUCAGGAGCUGCUAAACGUUGCCGUCGGUAGUGUCGCCUUCACGAAUGAUUCUUUCAUUGAAGAGUCUUUCAUUUUUAUGGAGUCUAGAAAAAAAAAUCACAAGGGAAGACAAGGUACACUUUUAUUAUUUUUGAUGUUAAAGUAUGCUUAAGAAUGUGUAUGAAAUAACUUGGAAUUAAACAGAUAGUACUGUAUGUUUUGUAUGAUGACACACAGCUAACAUGUGGCCAAUGUACUGUACUUUUUGCCCCGCUUAUCAUUGCAGUCUGGAACGCACUUUUGACCGAGUAUUAAUAAUGAAUCCUCCUAAUACAAUAUAAACACUUUAUAUUUUUCUGUGUGAAACCGCUUGCUGGCUCGGAGUUGUUUUGAAAUGUAAAAAAACAACAAAAAAAAGCACUUUUUAAGGAGUGAAACGGGAAUCAACAUCAUUGUUGUAAUCGCUGACUUUGCUUUCAGUACACAUUUUAAAAUGCAAUGAAAUGAUUUGCGUUAAAGGUACUUUAAAUAUUUUAUUUACGCAGCUCGCCCUGUGAGAAGAGUAUAUUUUGUAUGGCGGUGUUGUUUUGUCAAAAAAGAGUUAUUUCUUCUUUUUAGGGAGCAAUGUGGUGUUUGACAGAAAUGAUUACAAUUAUGUUUUACUCAUUAAGUUAUAUAGAGGAGUUUAUUCUAUAAGACAUGUUCAGUACAUUCAUUUAGUGGUUGUCUUCAAGAGAAUAAAUAUAUUAGCAUUCUA